UGGUAAUAACGUUUUCAAAACCCUCGCUCCCCCACCUCACUCCCUCUCUCUUUACUUUCUCUCUCUAUGUGCCGAUGCUAAGCAAAACCCUAGCCUCGUUUCUCUCUUAUCCUCUCUCCCAGCGUUUGGGUUUUGAUUCCUAGCAAUAGAUAUAAAAUUUUAUUCAUAUAAAAAAAUUUACACAUAUUGGGUCCGUUUAGUUUGGGUUUGUUUUUUUUUUUUUUUUUUUUUUCCCCCCCCCCCCCCUGGAAAAAUAGAGUGAGAGAUGGUCUCUGGCUUGCGAGUCGAAGGUGGGACACAGAUACUCUCAGCGGGAGUGCGCAAAACCAUACAAUCCAUCAAAGAGAUAGUGGGUAAUCACUCUGAUAUUGAUAUAUAUUGGGCACUCAAAGAAACGAAUAUGGAUCCUAAUGAAACCGCCCAGAAAUUGCUCAACCAAGAUACAUUUCAUGAGGUGAAGAGAAAAAGAGACAAGAAAAAAGAGAAUAUGGGACAUGAGGGCUCUGCGGAUCCUAGAAGAUAUUCUGAGAGUGUGGGUCAAGGAAUGCAAACAAAUACGUAUUCUGAUCGUAAUGUUCGUAAAGGAGCUUAUGCUCGAAAUGUAUUACCUGGAGUCAGCAAAGAGUUCCGUGUUGUGAGAGACAAUAGAGUGAACCGAAAUGUGAGCAGAGAAUUGAAGUCUGCUUCACCACAACGUCCAAAAUCUGUCAAUGAGAAAGUGAAAUCGAGUGUUUCUGGAAAGGGUCCAGCAGGAAGUUCAGGCAGUCAAAAGCCCUCUGGUGGUGAAAUUUCAUCUCAACCUUCGAAGGAGUUAUUUGAUUCUCAAUUUAGAAUUGCUCAAGGUGCUAGUUCCGGUGGCAUGGUUAGAAAAGAGGCAUUUGAAGAGAAGCGGCUUACUACAGUUUCAAAUGCAGCUUCACGAGUACAAGCAGGGAAGGCAAACACCUCUCAACCACAUUUUGCAGUUGUGGCGUCAAGUAGUUCUACUAUUGGGGUGUAUUCCUCUUCCACUGAUCCUGUCCAUGUGCCAUCUCCUGAUUCCAGAUCUUCUGCUGCUAUUGGAGCUAUUAAGCGUGAGGUUGGGGUGGUGGGUGUUCGUCGGCAGUCUUCUGACUCCAAGUCAUCUAUACCAAGUGGUUCUUUGUCAAAUUCACUUUUGGGAGGCGAUGGUUCUACAGAAUCUUUUCGGUCUUUUAACACUGUUUCUAAAAAUGAUCAACUUAGUCAAGCUUCUGAAUCUGUUAUGCCUGGAACGCCAGUGAGCAGAUCCUUCCUUGGUAGUCAGUAUAAUAGCAGGCAACAUCAACAGCCAGUGGGGCAUCAGAAAGCUUCCCAGCCUAACAAGGAGUGGAAACCUAAAUCAAGCCAAAAACCAAGUGUUAGUAGCCCUGGAGUGAUUGGAACACCUACUAUAUCUGUUUCACCUCCUGCUCAUGAUUCUAAAGAUUUGGCGACUGAAGCAGCUAAGAUGCAAGAUAAGCUUUCACGAGUAAACAUAUAUGAGAAUCAGAAUGUCAUAAUUGCGAAGCAUAUUAGAGUCCCUGAGACUGAUCGUUGUCGGCUGACCUUUGGUAGCAUAGGGGUGGAGUUUGAUUCUGCUAGGAAUCUAGUUAAUGGAUUUCAAACAGGAUCAAUGGAGGAAUCAAAUGGGGAACCUGUGGCCAGUUUAUCGGCUUCGAUUCCGGAGUCUUCCAAUGAUGAUGCUUCAGGCAGCAAGCUGGUAGAUUCUCUUGAAGACCAAGUUAUGAAUUCUGGAUCUGAUUCCCCGCCAUCAGCUGCAGCAUCCGAUCAGCAAUUGACUGAUAAGAAUGAGUCCUCAAGUCCUCAGAAUUUGGACAGUUAUGGAGAUAUUGGAUUGGUUCGAGAUAACAGUCCAUCCUAUGCUCCUUCAGAGUCGCAUCAGCAAGUUCCUCCAGAAUUACCAGGUUUUUCGCAGGCUUAUGAUCCCCAGACUGGUUAUGACAUUCCUUAUUUUAGACCGACAAUGGAUGAAACUUUAAGAGGUCAAGGCCUAAUAUCUCCUCAGGAGGGCUUGAGUUCACACAAUGCCAAUAGCAGCCCUGCAUCAACCAUUGCCAUGGUACACCAGCAGCAACAACCUCCUGUGGCACAGAUGUAUCCGCAAGUUCAUGUUUCUCAUUUCGCAAAUCUUAUGCCAUAUCGACAGUUCGUUUCACCAGUUUAUGUUCCGCCAAUGGCCAUGCCUGGCUUUUCUAGUAACCCUGCCUAUCCUCACCCAUCCAGUGGCAACAGUUACGUACUGAUGCCCGGAGGUGGUACUCAUCUAAAUGCUAACAGCCUCAAGUAUGGAGUUCCGCAGUUUAAGCCUGUUCCUGCUGGCAGUCCUACAGGGUUUGGAAAUUUCAGUAAUCCAAAUGGGUAUGCUAUCAAUGCACCUGGUGUUGUUGGGGGUGCCACUGGGCUUGAAGAUUCAUCUCGAAUCAAGUAUAAAGAUGGCAAUCUUUAUGUUCCAAGUCCUCAGGCUGAGACAUCAGAGAUUUGGAUUCAGAACCCAAGGGAGAUCCCAGGAUUGCAAUCCACUCCAUAUUACAACAUGCCUGGGCAAACGCCUCACGCUGCUUAUUUGCCGUCUCACACCGGUCACGCUUCCUUCAAUGCAGCUGCAGCACAGUCUUCCCACAUGCAAUUCCCAGGUUUGUAUCAUCCUCCUCCACAGCCCGCAGCAAUUGCCAAUCCACACCAUUUGGGCCCGGCAAUGGGCGGUAAUGUUGGAGUUGGGGUAGCAGCAGCUGCUCCUGGGGCACAGGUCGGUGCAUAUCAGCAGCCUCAAUUGAGCCAUCUCAACUGGACAACAAACUUCUGAAAAAGAAUGUGAAUGUGAAUCUAACCUCACUUCGUUGUAAGGGACUGGAGUUAGCUAUAGAAGGGUCUCUCUUUCUUUACCGGUGAAAUGAAUUGACACAUAAUUUUAUUAAUGCAUCAUCCGGCCUUUAGUUUUCAA